AUGCCGACCUUUACUGCCAUAGCAUUUGAUAGGUUGAUAGAGCCUGGAGCUUCGAAACCUUCUUAUAAAUCUGCUCCGGUGCCGAUGCCUGUCCCAAAGAAGCUCCAGAGGCUAAAUAGUGAACCGACAGUAGUAAAGAAGCCCCCUCCUCGUCCUCAAUUAAAACCAGCACUCUAUGCCACACCUGAGGUGACGCCGCUUCCAGAUGCACCUUCUUCAUUCCCUCCUUCUCCGUACAUUGUCAAUCACAAACGCCGUGGCCCACGUCUCUUGAAGAGUUCUUCUGAGGCCAAUGUGCAGGCGAAGCAGAAGGAUCUUGAUGAUGCAAAUAAUAAUGGUAAGAUUAAUGAUUCUGUCGUUGCCAGUUCAGACGGUGAUCUCCAAGUAGCUUCUGCAAACGCCGAACCUGUUAUUGCUGAGGAGGAGCAGGUGAAUGGUGUACAUGAUAAUGGCCUUGGUAGCGACAAUGGUGGUGACCUUGGGCACAGAGACAGGGAAAGUGAAAGUAGUGGUGUUCCUAAUGGGUUACAUAAGGAUAAAGUGCUGGCAUCAAAUUUGGAAAGAGACGGUGAGACUGAAGACUUUUUUGAUCCACACGAUUCAAUGAGUUUCAAAAGUGGCACAGAUGGUGAGGAUAAUACAGGCAUGGAACAAGCUGUGAAACGUUCAGAAUUUUUUGAUGCUUGGGAAGAACUCUCUUCUGACAGUGGGACUCAAAAUUCUCACCGUGAUGUUGAAGCUGAUUUGCGUGAAAUAAGGUUGAGUCUAUUGAUGGAGAUAGAGAAGCGGAAGCAGGCUGAAGAAUCCCUUAACAGCAUGCAAAACCAGUGGGAGAGACUUAGACAAGGGUUAUCUCAUAUGGGAAUUAUUUUGCCGGCUGACCUUACUACCGAGGAUCCGCCGCCGAGUUCUGAUCCUCUGGAAGAUGUAUUUCAGCAACUUUACAUUACUAGGUUUAUAUCAAACAGCAUUGGGAGAGGAAUUGCCAGGGCAGAAGUGGAAAUGGAGAUGGAAGCUCAAUUAGAGACAAAGAACUUUGAGAUUGCUCGACUGUUGGAACGUCUCCACUGUUAUGAGACCAUGAAUAGGGAGAUGUCUCAGAGGAACCAGGAAGCAGUAGAGAUGGCACGGCGUGAGAGACAAAGAAGGAGUAGGAGGCAGAGAUGGAUUUGGGGCUCCAUUACUACCACGCUUGUACUUGGUACUGCAGCAAUAGCAGGGUCCUAUCUCUCGGUGGGUAGAGGAUCAACAUCUGCAGUUCAUGAUCCGAUUCUUGAACAUGAUGAUGCAGCCAACUAA